GUCCUCCCCCCGGCGCAGGGCGCAGGGCGCAGGCGCGGCCCCGGCCACCCGGCGGAGCCGCAGUGCCCAGCGCCCCAGCUGCCGCAGCAUCUUCGGUGUUCGCGUCUCUUAUCGUCUCUCUUUUUCCUCGUCCUCCUGCUCGGGCCGGCGCGAUGGCGAAGCCGCUGAAGGACAGCGAGAAACGGAAGCAGAUAAGCGUGCGCGGGAUCGCGGGGCUGGGCGACGUGUCCGAGGUCCGGAAGAGCUUCAACCGGCACCUGCACUUCACGCUGGUCAAGGACCGCAACGUGGCCACGCCUCGCGACUACUUCUUCGCGCUGGCGCACACGGUGCGCGACCACCUGGUGGGCCGCUGGAUCCGCACGCAGCAGCACUACUACGAGCGCGACCCUAAGCGCAUCUAUUAUCUUUCCCUGGAGUUCUACAUGGGCCGUACACUGCAGAACACGAUGGUGAACCUGGGCCUUCAGAAUGCUUGUGAUGAAGCCAUCUAUCAGCUUGGAUUGGAGGUAGACUGUAUCAGGGUUUGGGAGGCCCUUGCCGGAGUGAGAAAAAGUUCUUUGUGUUUGGAAUUUUCAGCCUGCUUCCUUGACUCGAUGGCUACCUUAGGCCUGGCAGCAUAUGGCUAUGGAAUACGCUAUGAGUUUGGGAUUUUUAAUCAGAAGAUUGUCAAUGGCUGGCAGGUAGAGGAAGCUGACGACUGGCUGCGCUAUGGCAACCCCUGGGAGAAGGCCCGGCCCGAGUACAUGCUUCCUGUGCACUUCUAUGGGAGAGUGGAGCACACCCCCGAGGGGGUGAGGUGGCUGGACACGCAGGUGGUGCUGGCCAUGCCAUACGACACCCCAGUGCCAGGCUACAAGAACAACACUGUCAACACCAUGAGGCUGUGGUCUGCCAAGGCACCCAAUGACUUCAAGCUCCAUGACUUUAACGUGGGUGGCUACAUCGAGGCAGUCCUGGACAGGAAUCUGGCCGAGAACAUCUCCAGAGUUCUGUACCCCAAUGACAACUUCUUUGAGGGAAAGGAGCUCCGCCUGAAGCAGGAGUACUUCGUGGUGGCCGCCACCCUGCAGGACAUUGUUCGUCGAUUUAAAUCCUCCAAGUUUGGCUGCCGGGAUCCAGUGAGAACCUGUUUUGAGACGUUCCCAGACAAGGUUGCCAUCCAGCUGAAUGACACCCACCCGGCUCUUGCCAUCCCUGAACUCAUAAGGAUCCUGGUGGAUGUGGAGAAAGUAGACUGGGACAAGGUGAGCACUGAGGACAAGGGCACGGGUGUGGAAGGAGGGGCUCUCAGAGGUGUGUCCAGGGUCCUUGAGUGCAGGUCUGGGGUGCAGCAGCCUUGGGAUUUUCUUAAAGGAAACAGACCUUCCCACAGGGAGCCCCUGGGUCACCGUGGGACCUCCUGUCCUCCUGCUCACAGCUCUCUGUCUCGGCAACAGCAUGUGGCCACCCUGUUCCCGGGGGAUGUGGACCGCCUAAGAAGGAUGUCUGUGAUUGAAGAAGGGGACUGCAAGCGGAUUAACAUGGCCCACCUGUGUGUGAUAGGGUCCCAUGCUGUCAACGGUGUGGCGAGGAUCCACUCGGAGAUUGUGAAGCAGUCAGUGGCUCAUGCUCUGAGUAGUUGGUGGCUAACAUGCCUUCUUGUGCUCCCUGCCCCGCCCCCUCCAGUGAUCCCCGCCGCUGACCUCUCACAGCAGAUCUCCACUGCGGGCACUGAGGCCUCCGGCACAGGCAACAUGAAAUUCAUGCUCAACGGGGCCCUCACCAUUGGCACCAUGGAUGGUGCCAAUGUGGAGAUGGCCGAGGAAGCCGGAGCAGAGAACCUCUUCAUUUUUGGCCUGCGGGUAGAAGACAUUGAGGCCCUGGACAAGAAAGGGUGUGUGUCUCUCCAUGUGCCAUUGAGGGUAUGGCAGCAUCUUGGGCGCUGCCCAGAGGCCUGUGGAGGGCCACGAAGGGCUCUCUGGCCAGGCCCCUGCUUGCCAGGGUGAAUGCUUGCCCAGAGAGGGGGUGUGUGGCUGCCGGCAUGCUGGCCUUGUCUGCCCACUUCCAGAGCACCAAGCAUGCUGUCCAGGGAGGCUUGUUUUGGGCAGGAGCUGGCUGCUCUGUGCUUCUUCUCCAUGGCCCAGUCUGAGGGGUCCAGACCAAGUGUUUCCAAAAGGGUGGAAGGCCCUGGUCUCUGUUGGGGGAGCCCUCACGGACAGGGCCCUGAUCACUCUUGACCUAUUUGGGGAUUUGGGGCUGACCCACUGCCAAGAUUCCCUAGCCUAGUUUUUUAAAUUAACCCUUUUGUCUAGGAAUAGUUUUAGAUUUAUAGAAAAAUUGCAAAGACAGUAGAGAGAGUUCCACAUACCCUUCCAAUUUCACCUGUUGCUUACAUUUUACUAAUUAGCGUGGAACAUUGUCAAAAUUAAUUAACCAAUAGUGGCAUGUUGUUACUUAUUAAAGUCCAUACUUUAUUUUACCAUUUGCCAUGAAUGUCCUGUCAUUUUCUGUCCCAGUAUCCCAUCCAAGGCACCUUCUCUGGUCUGACAGUUGUUCAGCCUUUCCUCGUUUUUCAUGCCCUUGGACACUC